UUUCACAGAAAAUGGCUGUUUCAUUCCAACGUUCUCAUAAAGGAGUUUACUGAAGAAAUGAAGUAUGAAAUUAGAAUUUAGAUCACGCAGGGGAAAUCAAGUCGAAGUUAACUCAUGCAAGAAAAUGCUCUAAUAUACAAAAGGUGCUCACUGAGGAAGAAAAACUUCAUCAGAGCUGAGAUCAAGGCUGUCUUUGAAAGACGUGUAGCUGGUAAGCAGAUAGCUUCAUAUAUACUGAAUAUAUAUCCUGGAUCCAAAGUGGAUGAAGGGAGAAGAUAAAAAAGGGAAAGGAGGCUGUAUGUCGGCGGUGUUUAAACCAAAUGCUGCAUCAUGCCUCGCUCCCUGACUGGUGUCCAGACAUGUGGGUCAGGAGCGUGGCGUCUCGGACGUACUUGCAUUUACAGAGUAUCUGAUUUGUUCCUUGGUGCAGUGUGAAUGAGUACAAGAUCCAAGAACCUUCAUGCGCUUGCUAAAGAGUUGCUCUGUAGCAAGCACAUGAAGGUUCUUGGAUCUUGUACUCAUUCAUGAUGGAUUGAGCCAGAUAUGUCAGGUCAAGUCAGCUGAGGUUUUACUGAUGUUCCUUUAUAUAACUAGUGGAACAGGAAUGAAAUGCAGAACCAUGGGAGACGAGAGACUCACAAAUAUCAGUGUGUGAGUGUGAGUGUGUGUGUAAUGUUAUACCUGUUCAGUGUAUAUAAUUGAUACUCCAGAAGUACAUGAGAAGACACCAGUGCAAACAAUUUUCUGUAAGGUAUAGCCUCCUACCCUAUUGUGCAACUGGGUAGGACGUGUCAUAGCUGUGUUACAAAGUGCACAUGUGAAUGAUGGGUGUUGGAAAGGGUUUGAUGGGUGUUGGAAAGGGUUUGAUGGGUGUUUGGAGACUGAUGGUAUUGAAGUCUGACACUUCUCAGGAAAGAAGUGUGUAUAAAGCCUGGUGGUAGUGCUCUGGUGUCAGGAGGAUGAAGAGUUCAUGUGAUGUACAUCUGCAAGAGGUUCACAGAAGUAAAAGACCUUAUGGAGAUAGGAUAUGUAGUCAGAGUUAGGGAAGGCUUUAUGCAAGGUUUAUUUCAUGACAUGACAUCUGCUAACCUGUGCCCCCUUCUGGCCUACUCCUCUCUUUUGCUACUAUCUCGGUAAAGAUGUUGCUGAAGCAGAUUAUUAAACUGGGAUGUGCAGGGACCUCGUUCAGUCCUCUGGGUUCUUUAGAUUCCUCUCACUUCCCACAAAAAAAUUACAGUAGGUUUAUUGGAGAAGAUAAAUCGCCCCUGUGUGUGAAUGAGUGUGAAUGUGUGUACCUGCAAUAGACUGUGUAUUCCCACCUCACACUGGGAUGGGUUCUGGAUCCACCAUGAACUUAGGCUAGGUUUUGGAUCCACCCUGAACUUGGGCUAGGUUCCGGAUCCACCGUGAACUUGGGCUAGGUUCCGGAUCCACCGUGAACUUGGGCUAGGUUCCGGAUCCACCGUGAACUUGGGCUAGGUUCCGGAUCCACCGUGAACUUGGGCUAGGUUCCGGAUCCACCGUGAACUUGGACUAGGUUCUGGAUCCACCGUGAACUUGGACUAGGUUCUAGCUCUACCAUGACCCUGACCAGGAUACAGCAGAUACUGAAAGUAAUUGAGAAAGCUCAUUUUAAUUGAUUAAAAUAAUUUAAACAAAUAACAACUAUACACUAUAUAAUUGCACACUAUACUAAAUAUUACAUACAUUGUUUUGUUCAGUCUUUAAAAAAGAAAUAUAUAGCUCAGUAGAUCCAGAUCUGCUUUCUGACUCGUGAAUCAAAGGAAUCGACCGCAAAUACGAUUCAUUAGAAGCAAAAGAAUCGAAUCUCUAAAGUGAGUCAUAUUGCCCUUCGCGCUACCUAAGAGCUCCUGCUGCCCCCUUGUGGCCAAAUGAUAAAACUUCCCUGCUGUUGAUUGCAGGCUGGGGUUUAAUUAGCUCCGAACUGGGUGCAGGUGUUAAAGCUGGAGGUUUCUCUGACUCCCUCACCGCCUUUCUGUUGGUCGUGUGGUGACUUAUUAUAAGCAAGAAAGCGAUGUUUGGUGUUAUAUGCCUCGUCUUUACGUUAAUUAACGGUGGAAUUGGUGAGUUAUAACGUACUUCUAUUAAUUAUUAAUUCUCCUGAAGGAAAAUAUUGAGAAGUCAAGUUUCAAGGCAUGUAAAAUUCAAAAUGUACAAAAACUCCAAACAAAAGCAUUGUAUAUCAAAAGCUAUUUCUCUCGCAGACUUUUUGGUCAUCUUCUUACUUUUUCUUCACACAUUUAAAGCCGGCAAGCUUUCCACUUUGGAUGGAGCCGCAUCACAUCAGGUUUAUAAAGAAAACGCCACAAAUGAGAACAGUGUCGAAGCUAUAGCCGGUGUGAGAACCUUCACUACGGAGGAGGGGGCGGAGCCACGGAUUGUGGGCGGGAAAGAGGCGUGGCCUCACUCCUGGCCCUGGCAGGUAGUGCUGAGUUUUGCCGACAUGCCAGCCUGCGGUGGUGCAAUCAUCAACGAGAACUGGAUCGUCACAGCCUCCCACUGUUUCAGACGAUAUUCUAAAGAAUCCUUCUGGACAGUGAUGGCUGGGAAACAUGAUCUGGAAAAUGAAAAGGAGUCCAGCCAACAGACUUCCAAAGUGGCUAAAAUCAUCAACCACGAGGACUACAACGGCAUAACCAAACAGCACGACAUCGCUCUGAUGAAGCUGCAGACUCCUCUGGUGUUUAACAAGUACGUGAGGCCCAUUCCUGUGUGGAGCGGAGAGUUACCUUCACUGAAACGAUGCACCGUUACAGGCUGGGGUUCCACUACUGAGAGUGGCCCGCGUGCAACCAAGCUUCAAGAGGUCAACAUUACCAUACUGGAGACUGAUACCUGUCUGCAAUUUUAUGGAGGAGUCAUCCGUUCCUCUAUGAUGUGUGCUGGAGAGGUGACGGGAGGUGUGGAUGCCUGUCAGGGGGAUUCUGGGGGUCCUCUGUCCUGCUUCACAGGAGAGCGCUUUGAAAUUGCCGGAAUCGUUAGCUGGGGAGUGGGCUGUGGCCGUGCUAAGAAACCAGGCGUCUACACCAGAGUUGCGUCUUAUGACCAGUGGAUUAGUUCUAACAUUGACGAUCAACUCGGCACUGACGGUACACGGCAGUUGUUACCAGCAAGUAGAAAAUUACCUCCUUCCUCUGAAGCUGCAGUGAAAAAGUGUGGCCAGGCCGAGGUGAAACCCUGCAAUCUAGAUCAAGGCUCCAUAGGCUUCGAGACAUCUGACCCCAGUGGAGAGCUGAGAGUGGUAAACCUGAUGGAGGCGUGUCCUCACUCCUGGCCCUGGCAGGUCAGCUUGCAAAGUGAAGAAAACCACUACUGCAGUGGGACCCUCAUAGACGAGCGCUGGGUUCUGACCGCACGCCACUGCCGGGCCGAAGCUGGAGAUAUCGUGGUACUUGGUGCUCAUGAUCUCAAUGCCGUAGAAGUUCAGCGUGCAACAGUCAAGGCAGUGUACAGCCAGCCGUAUGAUGGCAGCUACCCUCCACUCCAUGACCUCUCUCUCCUCUACCUCAGUGUUCCAGCUCGAAUAGGAUCUUCAGUAUUCCCAGUUUGUUUGUCAGAUGAAGACUGGAGGUUUGAUCAAGGCUUGUCUUGUGUGACAACCGGAUGGGGAUAUAGAAGGUCAACACCGAAAGUGAGUCCUGACGUUCUGUAUCAGGCCCAAGUGAACCCUCUAUCUGAGCAGGCCUGCUGGACCGGUUGGGGUCAGGUUUUCAGCUCUAAUGCCCUCCUGUGCACACAGUCUGCUGCCUCAUCAUCCUGCCUGGGCGAUGCUGGAGCACCACUUCUGUGCCAAAAGAAUGGACGGUACUAUCUGGCUGGCAUAAUGGCAUUGGGGCUCAAGCGCUGUGAUCAACAGAAACCAGCCAUCUUCACUAAUCUGUCCAGGUUCCGGUCCUGGAUUGAUAGAACAAUGACCAAUGAAGGAUUCUAAUCCCAAAAUAACGCAACUUUUUAACUGUUUUGUACGUCUUGGAGCACUAUAUCUGCAAGAAAGAACGUGAAGGAAAAUUCCAAUCUGAAAUGCAUUAAAUAUAUUUAUACAGAAAUAUUUUUGGUAUGCUAGUUUGUUUUAGUGUAUUUUUCAUUAUUCCUUGGAGAUGGUGGUGCAGUUACAAACUAAACAACUAAAAUGCUGCAUCACUGCCCUGAUGUAGAGCAAAAGCAAGGCAAAAUCCAACUGCAUCAUUUGCACUGUGGGUAAUGUAGGGAAAUGCUAACUAAAGAGAAAAUGUACUGAAUUGUUGCAUGCCACUGAAGAUCACCUACUAAUUUAAUG